AUGUCCCCCCCCGGAGCCAGCUUUGGCCCCACAGACCCCCUGGGCGAGCCGGGGGGAGUCCCUGCUCAGCCCCCUCCUCACCGCUGGGGGAUUUCGGGGGAGGUCACACACUCCCCCCCAGGCACAAUUCCCACCCUUUCCUUUGCAGGUGGGGAAACUGAGGCAGGGUGGACCCCACGUGCAGGCCUGCAGAGGGGCUGCCCCCACCAAGACCAGUUCUCCUGCCCCCCCGGAUCCGCCCUGGGCUGGCGCUGGCCCCCCCGCCUGCGCCUCGGCGCCCGUCUCCCCCCGCCCCGGCGUGUGCGCUUGGGGGAGCAGCGGGCGCUGAUCGGGGCUGACAGCUGCUCAGCGCUCGCCGGGUGUGUGCCGCCCUUCCCGAGGGGGCCGCGGGGACGGCAGGCGGCCGACGGACGCAGACCCCUCUCGCGGUGGUCGGGGCGGGGGUCCUGGGGUUGGAGGGGGACCCAGCCCCGCCGCUGCUGCUGCCCCACAGGGCCUGAUCCUGCCACUCGCCACCGCGAACAUGAUCAUUCGCCCCCGACGCUUAACCCCGGGGUACUUCCGACUGCUCCAGAUGCAGCUGGCGGCGGGGCGGGGGGCCGAGCCGGGGGGGCGGCUGCUGACCCCCCUGGCCCUGCUGCUGGCGGCCGCCGGGCUCUGCCUCUCCAUCUACAGCGCCCGGAGGAUGGCCGGCCCCACCAAAGCCCCCCCGGAGGCGUGAGGAGAGGGCCGGUGGGACCGUGGGGACGGUCCCCAGCAGGGUGCUGGGGUCCUCCUCCACUCGCUGGUCCCCCCCUGAGCAGAGCUGCCGGAUGUGGAUCCUUUCCGGCUGAUCUGCGCCACAUCCAGCCCUUCCCUCCGUUCCCCGGGCGGUGUGAUACCCUGGGGCUCGGGGACACGCGCCUCUGUCUCCUUGUCUGUCCCCGCUUUUGGGAGCUGGUUCAACGACCGGGAUGGAGAAUGGAGAAGCCACCUCCCAGCUCCAGAGCUGCCGGCUGAGCCCCUGACGGAGUCGCUGCCACACACCAGGAUCUGGCCACAAGACAACCAGAGGCUAAACGGACAGACUGACGGACGGUGGAGCCCGGUGCCGCGUCCACCUCCAUCUCCCCCCCUAACAGAGGGGUCCGAGGGGGCCCCUUGCACCCCAAUAGCAGCAUCAGCCCCCUCGUUCCCACAGGGACCCUGCUGUGGCCGCAGCCAGCCCGGUCCCACGGAAAGGAGGUCAGCGCCGAGCGCCGUUAGGUAACGCGGCGGGGAGGGCUGGGACCAGACCGACCUCUGCAACGAUGGCUGGGGGUGGAGAUGGGGCCACAGGGUCAGCGAUGUGUCCCCCGAGCAGGCGCAUCCCGCUGGGAUGGCGUCUGUAACCUUCCCGGUCCCCUCGCACCCACCGAACCCGCACGGAGCCGCAGCCCGGAGCUGCCGCUAGCGAGAUGCCAACAGCUAGAUGUAGUGAUUUAGUCUCCUCCAUUCCCCCGGGGCCAGGGUGGGGGGCUCACAAAUCCAGGCCGGCUGCAUGGAAAUAAACCCUUUCCUGGAAAUAAACCCUUUCCUGACGAGCACCAGCUGCGUUGUCAUCCUGCCUUUUCUGCUGCCCCGUCCCCAGCUCAUCAGGAGGGACGAACCUCGAGGCUGAGGGUUUUGCUGCAUCGCAGAGACCCACCCUGCGGGAACCGGCGGCAGCGGGUGGUGACACUGUCACACCAAGUCCCCCGAGAGCUGGGCAGGCGGAGGCAGGGUGACCAGCGGGAUCACAGCAGCAUCAGGCUGGUGGACAUGGCGGGGGGAGGCUGAUCACGCCGCACACGCAGCCCCAGCCCUCCGGGACGAUGAAAUCACUUGCAGGCGCUGGGUUUUAAGGGACAGGAGCCUAGAAGGGUCCCUGCCGGGGGAGACACCAUCACUCCCCCCUCAAGGCUCGGACAGGGCCAGCACCGCAACGAGCUGCUCGCUACAGACCCAAGUGCCUGAAGAGUUCACCCAAGCACAUAUUCCCCCCCAAAAAGCAGCCCCAUGUCUGCUUCCAGGAGGCUGGGACCCCCCUGCCAGGAGGGCAAUGCAAGAGGGACCUUCAUCACCCUGCCAGGGCAGAAGCACCGGGAUGAGGCCAUUCCUCCGGGCUGGCACUUAUUUCCCUUUGUGUAAUUGGGAAG